AUGUCUAACCCACAAGAUCAUCCUGACACUCCUCCACCACCAUCUCCCUCAAAUUCAUCCUCAUCUACUUUACCCAGUGUAUCUCCAAAACCUAGGUUGAAAGCUAGCCAAGUGAAAGAAAGCCUAGCUCCAAAGUCUGAUUCUAGCUCUGAGUCUGGAUCCUUUCAAUCUGCGACUGAGGGAGAUGGACAUGGGUCUUCUGACUCUAAAAAGACUCGAGAAUCUCCUUCUAAGGUAAGUUAUUCUGUGGUUGAAAACUUAGAAACUAGAUUUGUUCUGGUUGGACCCAUUAGGGAUGUUGAGUUGCCUGAGAUGAGUAGGAGUGGAGAGAGGGGAAAAGGGAAGGGAGCAGUUUUUGCUAUAUGUGGGGUUGCACAAGAUAGGUUAGAUGAGAGUGGUAUGAAGUCAGGGGGAAGUGGUUCUAGGAAAGCAGCUGAGGGGUUGGUUCAUCUAAGCAAACAAAGAGAUGAACCUAUUUCAUCUACUGAAGAAACCUUGGCUGACCUCCUGAAAAAGGUUGGAGCAAGUUAUGACCCAAAGAAACGCAAAGCUACUACACCAAAAGCCCCAAAUGUUCCCAACCCAUCCAAGAAAAGAAAAACCUCAUCCCCAACACCUACUGCCUCUUCAGUGCCUAGGGGUAGAGCCGCAAGAAGCAGAGUAAAACAGAGUAAAGUUGAUCUACAAAAGGCUUUAGAAGAAAGCAAGAAAAGGAAAAAGGAUAAGGUAAAGGGAAAUGUUGCAGAAUCCUCAGAGGCUGUUGAGGAAGAAGAGAUGGAACUGGUCCAUCAAGAGAGGGGUACAACAGUGGAGGUUCCUACACCCAAGCCUAAGAAACCCAAGACUUCCUCCAAGAAGUCCUCCUCUGUGCUUGUAGCUGUUGAACCCACACUAGCCAAGAGGACAAGAUCUACAGUGAAAGCUAAACAAACCAAAGUUUCUGAUGAUGAUGAUUGGAAUGGAGAAGAAGAAGAUGAUGAAUCUGAGAAGGAACAGGAUAAGCUUGCCAUUUUUGGCAGAAGAAAAAUCUUAAAAGGUAGAUUGUUGAAGGACCUGAUGGAACCAGGGAUGAUGAGAUUGGUAGACUCUUUGGCUGCUCAGGGAUGGAAGGACAUGGUCCUUUAG